UCUCAAUGGACUCCCGCAUCUCUCUACGGGAUGGACUUGGAUGUAAGGUGAAGAUUUUAGUCUCCCCUGGGCUGGUGGCGGAGUGAGUGUGUGCGUCGCGGUGUUGGCCAUGUCCCACAGUGCCCGUAACUCUUGUUCAAGUUUUGCUCCGUCCGCGUGGCCCCGGCGGUAGUGCAGCAUCCCGUGGCCGUGCGAGCCUGACCCCUGGAUCUGUGGAGUGUGAUACUUAGUGUCCCACGGAAUUUAGAGCAGGAGUUACAUAGAAAAUUCCUGCAGUUGAGGUGAUGUACCCCUGAGAUGAUCCUCGCCCGGCAGUGGAAUUUUCGUACAAAGUUGGAAAAUAUUGACUGGAUACACUAUGAUUGGAGAUGGUUAGUGCUGGAUUAGGGUGAGGCUGGUCGGCACACCCAAUCAGGAAUGGUGAAAAGGCCGUGAGCAUGGGCAGGUAGCAGUAUGGUCUCAGGGAUUGUGGUGGGCGGCGGCACGGUCUCUCCUCACCACAAGUAUGUGGCGGUCACCCUCCUCACUAACGAGACACUCACUUUCGCUGCUGAGGUGAAAACCCGAGUCGGCGAGAUCUACAACCAGACGUGCUCCUACCUGCAGCAGCUGGGCAUGCAGGACACUGAUCUGUUUGGGCUCGUCACCACCAUAGAUGGAGAAAAUGUGUUCGCAGACCCCGACAGUAAACUCAGCAAGUAUGGGCCCAAGGCAUGGAAGACGUCCCCUAAUGGGAUGGACGCGAGCGACGAGCCUCUCCUGCAGUUCAAGUUCAGAGUUCAGUUCUACGUGGAGACUCACCUCUUACUUAGGGACGGCCUCUCCCGUCUCCACUAUUAUCUACAGCUGCGAGAAAAUGUGCUGCAGUAUCAUCAACCACUCAGCGAUGAGGCCGCCUUCCUGCUGGCCUCACACGCUCUCCAGGCAGACCUCGGGGACUACAGCGAGGACCAGCACCAUGGCCACUACUUUGACCCCGCCCUCUACUUCCCCUCCUGGGUGGUGGAGCGGGUUGGCGUGGCCUACCUGAUGGAGCACACUGCCCACCUGCAUCGGGACAUCAUGGGCCAGACGCGGGCGGAGGCGCAGGCGCAUUACAUCCGGGAGGCGUCGCAGCAGGAGGCGCCGCACAACCUCCACCUGUACCGCCUUCGAUACAAGAAGCAGGACCCACGCCCACCGUCGUCAACCGCCAUAUGCGCCCGCGGCCUCGAUAUUUAUGAGGAGGAUCCCGGGGCGCCGCUACACGCCAGCAGGAAGCUCCUCUCCACCUUCCAGUGGUCCACGAUCGGCAAGCUGACAUUCGAGAAGAAGAAGUUCGAGGUGCGGGCGCUGAACUACACGGAGAAGUUGGUCUUCUAUACAACGAGCGACGAGAAGAGCAAACACCUUUUGUACCUGUGUCGCCUCACCCACCAAUUCAACAUGGCGCUGCAGCCACGCCUUGCAGAACUCCGGAGGCUGCAGGAGGAAGACCGGAGGCGUUACCGAGACAGCUACAUCUACAGCAGCAAUAAGUAUGGAGAAAUGGGCGCUUUUUCAGACACGCUGGGUAGUCUGAGGGGCUACCUGGCCAAGACCUCCGCCGAUCAGCGUGUGUCCGUCAUUUCCAACACUUCCUCCAACACCACCUCAGGCAUUGUGUCUGACCGUAUGCUCUCCAUGGACGGCAGCGAGGAUGACCUUGACUCUGAGAUCAUGAUCAACACGCCUCCUGCUGCCAGCAUUGAAAGUGGCGUGGAGUCCCUCACUCACUCUCUCUCCCGCCUGGACUCCUCCUCCAGCAGCACCCAUGGCCACACUGCAGAGUUUGAUGAGGAGAGCUUGAGUCAUCCCUCAUUCACUCCCCCGUCCUCCACCCCUCCAGCAGGAGGACGGUUGUCAGGCUCCCUGGGCAUGUCUGGGAGUGAGGCAGGUGGAGUGUCUCUAGGGCGAGCAGGUAGUGUUCAUUCCUCCUCCUCACAGCACUCUGCCUCCACCGUCCGCUCCAGGUACUCUCUGGUCCCACACAGAAUUCCUCCAGAGUUGACCUUGGGAGCAGACUUAGCUGACCUCUCCUUAGCACCUGACCUCCCCCACCUUGCAGACUUGCCAGGUAUGGUGGCAGACCGGCCUGGUGAUGAAGAGAGUGAGCUGUGCAGUGGAAUGUCUCAUACUCAACACAACUGCUGCUCCACCUGCUGUGAUGAUGAUAAUACUUCAAUCACUUCCAAUGAUGAUGCUGAAGAUAAUGAGAAUGAUGAGCAAAUUUGCAAGUGUGGAUCUUGUGCCAUGUGUAUCCUCAAGCAGGCCUCAGCUGGCUUCCUUCAUCAAAAGCUUGACAGUGAAAACUCCAGUGUGGCAGCACAGCGAGGAGAUCCAGGACCCCACACCUAUGAGGACUCUCUGGACUCUGCCAGUGCUUCUGCCCACUUUUUUAGGAGGCCAACUUUUGCCAGUGAUGAUGCUUCAGUGAUGGUCCAGCCAGAUUUGGAUGAGUCAACAACUUCUACAUACAACUUUUCAGAGGAAGACUUCAGUCAACUGGACAACAAUGAUGAUUAUGUGGAGUUUUUUAAGGAUGGUUUGCGGUUUCCUGAACAAGAUGAUAGUGAGCAUGAAGCAGAUGAAAGAGAGGAGAGACCCCAAACUCCACCACUAUCAGUCCAUCGUCGGAGUCCUCAAGGGCUGGGUCCUCAGGGGUUGGGAGCUCAGAGAGCUGGAGGGCAAGGAGCAUCUUCCUUAUCAGGAGGUGCUUCACCCACCAACUCAGACCAGCAUGAUGAGGAACACAUAGACUACUCUGUGGAAAGUGCUCAGGCAUCAUUGUUGGCCUCUUACUCACCAGCAUUGGCAAUAUCCCUGGGAGCUUACCGACCUAGAGCUUCUGUUUCAUCAACUUUUGACACAGACAGUGACUAUGUACAGGUGCCUGGAAUAGAGGGUCAGUUCUUAUCAAUGCCUCCAGCUUCAGUCUCUAUGUCAACUGUGAAAACUAUGACGCCUGUUGCCAUAGCUUCUUCUCAUGUGAAUGCAGCAUUAUCAUGUGAUCCUCUAAGCAGAAAUCUGGAAGCAAAUAGUAGAUCAUCAUUAGCAUCACCAGAUGCAGUUAUUAGUGAGACAACAGUAGCCAGUGCAAGUGAAGCUCCUGCCAAGUUCAUUAAAUCAAAACCCACUAUUACUGUCCAAAAGGCUCACACUCAGCUAGCAUCUACAGCUUCCCCAUCAUUUACUUCAGUGCCAUUAAGUCGUGGCAUUGUCCACACAUUACCUCAAGUUCAACCAAGGCCUAAGAUUGAUGCAGUUCAGUCUCUUCAGCGAGGCAAUGCUCAGUUGCAUCCAGUAGGACUCCCACCCCCAUACUCCCGCAACCAUGGCUCAAGUAAGGUUAAAGUCAGUGUCAGUGGUGCUCAAAGUAAUUUAGAGGUACCUGUCAUUAGGAAGAAUAACUACUUGGAUGUUCGUGCUUCUUCAUCCAUAAAUGAGUUCAAGACUCGUAUCCAUCCAGAGCAGCAUUCUACAGUCAUGCCAAGAAGCCUCUACCUCAGACACCAGCAGAAAGCAUUGCAUCAGCAGCAAGUUAAGCAGCAGCAGCAUCUCCAACGCUUGAAACAACAGCUCAGCAGUGAGACUGUCUAUCAGCCAGCUGCAUAUGCUAAGGGUGUCGGAGUACCAUUACUCCCCUCGCCUACUUAUACACCCCAUCACCACCACCACCACACUCAGUCUUCAGGCAUUCAGCCACAAGUUCAUAGUUACCUACCAGCUCAUCAGCAGCAGCAACAACAGCACCAGCAGCAACAGCAUCAACAGCAUCAACAGCAGCAGCAACUCCAGCAGCAGCCUCAGCAGGCUUACUUGUACCCACCAUAUAUAAAGAACUUUUUCCAGAACCCUCCUCCUCCCUCACCCCACCUUGGCUAUGGUAUGGGUGCUGCUCCUGGGGGUUCUGGCUAUCAGGUGGCACUGGAGGCACCUUCACCCCCCUACCAGUGUGCUAGUGACCCCGGAGCCUAUCUUCCUCAGCAACAGCAGCAACAACAACAACAACAACAACAACAACAACAACAACAACAACAACAACAACAACAACAACAAUCUCAGGCCACUGUAUAUACCAAUCAAGUUAGCCUGAGCCAAAUUGAACAGUUCAAGGCUCAGCUGUAUUCUGAUGUAGACUACGUCAUAUAUCCCAUGAAGGAUCCUGCUCUCAGCCGCCAGGAAUACAUGGAUGCUAAGCAGGGGCAAGUUAUUGCUACACAAGCACAACAACAGCAACAAGCAAGCAGCAGCAGUAGCAGUAGCAGUUUUGCAUAUCUGCCUCCACCUCCACCCUACCGCAGCCCUAAGUUGUCUCCACUCUACAGAUCAACUCCCAAUGUUGCAGCAACACUAAGUAGCUGUAGUGGUCUAGCCACAGGUGGUGGAGGCAGUGUCUCUCUUCUGUCCUCUUACCCAUCCUACCAGAGCCUCACCUCACAUCAGCCUGGUUCCUCUUCUGGCUACUCCUCCAUGGCCAGGGGCCGUUGCUUCUCCCAGCAAUCCCUGGCAUCCUCCUCACUUUCCUCUGCUCCCUCUGGCUACUCGGCCUCCACACAAAGUCUCACAGGAAGCUAUGAGCCAUACUCAGAGGUGAUGUUGAGGGCAAACUCUAUGCUCCGUGUUCGCUCGGAUGAAUCCAUUCUGUCUUCAUCACUUGCAGACACGUCAGAUUCUCAUGCCCUUGCUGAGCAGUCUUUGCCUCCGCCCCCACCUUACCGGCCCAAGGAGACCCUGGACGGGUCUGGCCAUGGUGGGGCCGCCCCGGGAAGUACUGGGAGGAGCCGUACACGAAGGUCAGGGGAGCGUCUCAACCUGCAGCAGUUGCGGGAGUGCAGCCAGUUCAUGGACGUGCCACUCAUUGCCGCCCUCUGCUCUGACACAACACUCCUCUCACAUCCAUGCCGGACCCCAUCCAUUGACUCCACCUCAACACCAGGCAGCAACACUCCCCCAGCUGCCCAGUCUGACGCCUCAGGCCCGCCAGGCACUCGCCCCUGGGACCUGGAUGCAUCGGCGACACCCCCCUUAAUGAGCACAGACUCAGCUCAGCCUACAGCAGAUACUCACCAUGCAAAGACAAAGCGCAAGCCGCGUGGUGUGAAGGCGACUCGCAGGUACUCUCUCUCUGGUGUUUACACAACCAAUCAGGUGCCAGUUAGUCACAUAAAGUCGAAGAGUAAUAAGACAUUCAGUGGAGUCCAUCAUCACCCAACCCGACCCAUACAGCAGACUCCAACAGCAAAGGAGGUUGAGGACCCACACAACACCAAGAUCUCCUAAUGCAAUCUUUAUUAGACACUGUCUCUUAGCAGAGGAGUAAACUUAACACAUUUUGCAUUUAUUUUAGGUUUUAUGUAUUUCAGACUUAUGAUGAAAUGAAUUUAUUAAUGGAGAUGAACAGGUUUUAAUAUUUAGAACCAAAUGUACACAAGUGUAAAAAAUCAAGCCUGUAAUUGGGAUUGAUUUCAUCUUAAGUAUAAUGAAUUAACACUUCUUUAGGAAUUUACAUAUAAUCCUUCAAUAUUAACAAUAGGAAGAUCUCAAAGCUGAGAUAGAGCUUAGAGUCAUCCACCAGUGACAUGGUGGAACCGGCAGGAACACGGCAGCGCUCCGAGCCUCCAUCACCCUGAUCUCUUGGACAUUGGCUGAGCAGCAGCCUUUACAUUGUCGUAAUUACAAACAAUCUUACUCAGGCAUAAUUUUUAUUCUUGUCUAUUGUGAAUACUGAUAUUCAUGUGUUACUAUUGGCAUGUAUACCUACAUGUUAGGGACAUAGCUCAUUCUUAGGUAUUAUCUCACCCUCUUUCACAACCAGAUUCAAAAGCUACACUGCUCAAGAUAUCUUGUGUGUAAAGUAUUGUGUAAUAUAUUUUCAUGAUUAGCAUGUUAUCAGUUUAGGGAAGAGCAGCCACUAAGUGACUUAAUUAGCCCAUUAGCAUAAUUUCUGUCUCAGCUGUAGAGUCCCUGGUGGUUGCUCUCCCGUUCUGUGCCACAGCAAUUCUCCAGUAUUAGCAUCUUGAGUGACUCCUGUGUCUCUGCUGGGGCUUCAUUACUUUAUUAUUCAUACCUAAGCAUUUUUGUUCACAUUUAAAAUAGCUGUACAGUGACUAGAGGGAUUAUGUAUAGCUCUAACACUGCAUCUGGAUGUGGGAGGGUCUCUGUAGACAGUGACUUGUUACCCACAGACACUGUCAACUGCUGCAACCACCACUGCCAGUGUUCAGAAUGGUGAUGAUACCCUAUUAAGACUUGUAUUAUAGAUGAUAUUAGAUAUGCAUUAUGCUCAGGGGCAUAGGAUUUUUUUUCCUAACUCUCAGGCUGGGAUGAGGUGCCAGUAGCCCUCAUCCACUGGGAGGUCUGGGGCUCUUUCAGGCUCUUCUCUCCACUGCAAGACACUGAGGUUGAGGCUGAGGGAAGGUCUUUAUUUUUUUUAUUUAUUUUUUAAAAUUUUUUAAGGGGGGAGGGUGCUGUUGUAUAUAUAAAUCACAACUGAAAAUUUCAGAAUGUAGUUUUGGUCUUAACUCAGUGGCACUUGUACAAGUCUAUGGAUGACUUGGCCGUGAUUGAGGAGCACUUGUGGAGAGCUUCAGGUUAAUUGGAAUUUGUAGAAACAAUUAUGUACACUGAUGAUUGGAAAAUUAGAUAUAUAGACUAGAAACUAUUGCAUUUUAUUGGUACAUUUCUUUAAUUAUAAAUAUAUUUGGUUAUCUAGGAAUUAUAUAAAUUAUAAUUUUGAUUAGAACAUAACACUAUUAUAGUAAAGUAGCAAAAUCCAACAAAUGGGUAAUUAAUUAUUUAUUCUGUUUUCACAUAUGUAUUAUAAUUUAUUUUCAAACUCUUAAUCCCUGGAAUAAUCCAGGUUACAAGAUUAUAGACAAUAGUAGGCAGUAGUAUUAAUUUUCUUUACAAUGUAUCAUUAUUAUUAUUUACUUAUAUUUUGUAUUGAGUCCUGUGCUCAGCCAGUGAUUACAGCUGCUGACAUAAUGCCCCUUAUGCAUCCAGUCCUGCUGAAGGAACCACAUGGCAUCACCUCUCCUUGCAUCAUUCUCAGGGUUGGGUAUUGGAGCUGUCUUUGUGAUUUUCAUUUUUAUCCGCACACGUCUGUGUUCGUCAAAAUUAGUACAUAAGUUUAACUGUUUUUAUAUGUUGUAUCAUAUUUAUUUGUUAUUUUUUAUCUUAUAGUACAACCUGCAGUUGUAGCUGUGUUCAUUAUGGAUCAUUAAGAUUGACCAAAGUAUACUAGGAUACAAAACAAUCCAAUUGCUCCAUUCUGAUUCUCUUUUUUUUUUUUUAAUGUUUUCUUUUCAAAUUUUGAAAAUCAUACAACAGUAAAAGUUCUGUUAUCUGAAAUGGCUGAUAAGAAACACAUUUGGAUUUGAUAUCAGAAGCCUUGAAUUAGCUGUUUGUAUAGUAAAAGUUCACUGCAUGGUAUUUGUGCUUGAUGCAUUUGAUAAUUACAUAAAUAUCUACACAGUACCUGAUAAGAACCACCUCCCUCUCAUCCUUGUGUCGCUUCCACAGCAUGCCUGACUUACUAUCAGUGGUGUUCAUGAAACAUACUACAUAGUAAUGUCAAAGUUUAGUGAAAGGAAAUAGAACAAAAUUUGAAAUGUGUAUAAAGAUAUCAGAGGCCAUGAUAGGCAAUUAUGUACAAAUCACCAUAAAUUAGCCAGGUAGUAGUUGUAACUCCUCUGUUAGCUGAACCAGAUCUACUUGCCCCUGUCAUUAUAAUUGCUGGGAUUUUAGUGUGGCUAAUCCCAUUGAUGGACAUACCCUAUAGGAAACAGAUUUAUGAGUUGCAGGAUUUUCGUUGUGGCAGCGUUCAAGGAAACUUUAAUUCAUUCCAUAAGGUUAUAGGGAAUUCAGUCACAAACCACUCUUACCAAUACAUUUAGCUCUGUUUAUUAUAUGAGGUGUAGCUCCAUGAGAAAAGAGAAGAAGGUGCCUGCACAAAUCACUGGAACCUUUGUAUCCCAGAUUAAGUGGAUCCCACCAAAUGUAAUUCCAGAAUUUUUCAUUGGGGUGUUUCAGUAUUAAGAGUGUUUUUAUAGUCCAGACACAAAGUGAGGGAUGAGAUUAUAACACAUUUUCUUGUAAAUGUUCUGCAUCAUUAAAAUAAUAAUAGAAUAUUUCCAUGUAGAGAUGGUGAAGUCAAAAAGGAGAAUCAUACAUCUGAUAUAUAUAAGGGGAGACAUAUGUGCAGUGAGUCAUUACUUAAAAGAUAAUCCAUUUACUAUUACUGCAAUGAUUUUGACUUGCCUUUGUUACAUUAAUAAAGACUGUUUGGUAAGAGUUAGGAGUUUGGUCAGUUUUUGUCAAAUGCUUGGAUGGGACACUUAACCAAUUCUGUUGUAACCAAGCCACCAUUUUCUUUAGAUGUAUGCAGGUAUUUUUGCAUGCAUAAGUAGACAGAAGCUUACUAGAGGUUAUUAUUAAGAUUGUCAUAGUAGAAUGCUUGCUUUUUAUGGCAUUAACACAUAUUUGUGAGGUUAUUUUAUUCUUCAAAACUUAUGCCCCAAACUCACCACCAUUGUGUGUGUGUGUGUGUGUGUGUGUGUGUGUGUUUGUGUGUGUGUGUGUGUGUGUGUGUGUGUGUGUGUGUGUGUGUGUUGUAAUCUACAGAGUCUGAGCUACAUCCAUGUGGUCCUCUCUCAAUAUUUAUAUUAAUCUGGUCUUUCCUCUAGUUAAUACUCCUUUCCUCUAUAAUCUCUUCUUAUAGUCUGUUGUAGAUAACUAUUUCUUUAGAUGUAAGCUAUUCAAACAUUUCUCUUUCCCUCUUUUUCUUGUGCCCUCUUAAAUAUCCAUCAUUUCAUUGGCCUUGCAAUAAUAACUCUUUUCUAUUUUUUAUUUAGUGUGUGUGCAUGUCUGCAUGUGCAUGAAUUUUAUGGCAAAGUAUCUUGUCUUUUUUUAUAUUUAUCUGCACUCUAUUUCAUAAAGUAUAAGGCAUACAGUAUAGUCAUUUCAGAGAUAAUCUAUCAUUGUUGUGUUCUAUGCAUUAUUGAUUUACAAGCAAAUCUUUAGUCAUUUAGUGAUAUAUCAUUCCUGUUCAUGUGUCAGAUUUAUGAGGUGCAGUGAACUUAAGCUUUAUGAUUAUCAUGUUGAUGAAUGAAUUAAUAUUUUAUUGCAUGGAAGAGAAUUUGAUGUGAAGUCAUAAACAUUCCAUACAUAUAUAAAUCAGAGAGUGGAGCAAUAAUUCAGUGAUUUCUAUGUUUAUGCAUUUGUCUGAGUUUCAUUCUAGUUGUUUGUUUGCCUGUAUACUUGUUUGUUUAUGCAUAUGUAUGUGUGUUUGCAUAAGUAGAUACAGGCCCUUACAGAUGAAACUUGACCUCAUGCUGUACUAUGCCAUGUAAACAUUCAAGGAAUUGCAGAGCCAUCCAUCAUCCUAUUGGUUGAGAAAGAAAGGGAGCCAACACACUUAUCAAAGAACCACUCCAUAGAGGAGCUGUAUGUGGUUCUCUUCAGUACAAUAUGCCUGACAUAAGGUUUUCAAAGAGUAUUGCAUUUACUAAGGCAGCUAUUCUUUAAAAGAUCUUUCCUUUCAAAAUUGAUAGAAAGUAGUAUUUUGUAGAUUUGACCUUAUGAAAAAAUAGUUUUCAUUUUAUGACUAAAACCUUUCCUUCAAGAUAAAAAUACAAAAAAAAAAUUUAUGAAAAGAGAGAUUUUCAUCCACAAUGGAAAGUAAUUGUUUUUAAGAAUGCCAUACCUGUGAAAUGUUUCUUUCCACCGAUUCCAGAUAGUUAACAAGAAUGCAGGAAUACCAUCUUCAACUUUCUGCAUUGUUGUGUGGUAAAAUAUUCAACAUUAUUGCAGUGAAUGGAAAGUUUUAAAUUACUUUGUACAGCUAAACACCAUGUCCAAUGGAUAUUAUCUGGUGAAAUGAAAUUGUGCACAAAUCAUUGUACAGUAAUAGCUUUUAGCCACCAUAAAAGGCUGAACAACAAACUUCAUUAGUAGUUCUCUUGUAAUGAUGUGUGUGUGAUCUUCAGGUGUCUUUGGAGGUCUUGGCUGAUGCACCUUCAUCUUUACUUUCACCUCAGCUCCAGUUGCUUCUCACAACUUUGUGUGACAUGAUCUUCAUCUUAGGUUAUGUUUUUUUUUUUUUUUCCACUGACUAAACUUUCUUCUAUUCUAUUUUGAAUAUGUGUUCCAAACAUCAAAUUAUAAAAAAAAAGAUUGGCUUUUUAUGUUUUGCAAAAUGUGUUUGUUUGAUUAGAAAUUAUGUUAUCCAGGCUAGUUGAAAAUUGAAUGUAAAUUUCAUUUAUAAAUAUAGUAUAUGAACAUACACAUUCUCAUAUAUAUAACAGAGAUUUAUAUUUGAGGGACACAAGAAAAGUUGACAUUGGAGAUAUAUGUUAAAUAUAUAAGAAAAAGUUAAGCAUCUAAAGAAAAAUAGAAUAGAUUGGAAGAAACAAAUGCAACAACUAAAGGAGAGAUCAGCUGAAGAUUAUAUUAAAUAUAGACACAAGUGUACUUUUAGCUUAGGUCUAGGUGAAACACACACACACACACACACACACACACACACACACACACACACACACACACACACACAUAC